UCUGAAGCAAUCAGUGUCGACAUAAUUCUGCUCUGCGGGAGGACACAAGGUUCAAAUUUCGUUCGAUAAAGCUCCUCUUCGUCUUGGCCAACUUUUUAAUGGCUUCCAAUUCUCACAGGGGUAGUAGUAUCGGUGGCUCCUUUUACGGUGGCGCCGCUCCCUAUAGAUCAAGAGAGGGUCUGAGCACAAGAACAAUUGCUGGUUCUGAUGAAAUACAAUUGCGGAUCGAUCCGAUGAAUGCUGACCUGGACGAUGAGAUCACCGGUCUCCGUAGCCACGUCAGACAAUUAAGAAACGUUGCUCAAGACAUACAUUCAGAAGCAACAUUUCAAAAGGAUUUCUUAGAUCAGCUGCAAAUGACCCUGAUCCAGGCUCAAGCAGGUGUGAAGAACAAUAUGAGGAGAUUGAACAAGAGCAUUGUCAAACAUGGUUCAAACCAUAUUGUUCAUGUUGUUCUUUUUGCGCUACUUCUUUUCACUGUGCUCUACCUCUGGUCUAAAAUGUUUGGACGAUGAGGUCUGUGCAUCAGCUGCACAACUGCCACACUAAGAAUCUGUUAAAUGAAGGCAAAAGGGUUUCUGGUUGUGCCCAAGGUUUACAGGUUUUUUUUUUUUUUUUUUAUGUAAAAGCCUUUUCAUAUGACCUUUGAAUAUUUUUGAAACUGUUGGUUUAGGUUUUCGUAAACCAUAAACAGAUUGAUAGUUCCAGUUUGAAUGAUAUGACUAUUACUACAUAAUGUUAUUAUCAAGCUUUGACAGAGAA